AUGAACUGCUUAAGCUACUUCUCCAACUCAGACUUUAUCCAGCUCCAGGAUUGCUUUAUCCCUGAUGUGGAUAUGAUUAUCCCAGAAACCGACAACACGUUCUUCUUCCAAGCACAACAGCAACAUCAACCAUCGCAUUACGAAAAAGCUCUUUCACCGUCUCUCUUCGAAUUCGAUCACUUGGAUACUUUCUUUGAGCCGUUUCUUCCUCCUCAAGAAAUCUUUAUCUCUAACCCUAACACUCAAGUCUUCAACGAGUCACAAGACCUAGAUUCCUUCUUCCCCGCGCCGAAUAAACACCAAAAGCUCAUUGACUCCAGCUUCCAUUUCAACAACACUCAUCACGACCCUCUGUUCCCAAGCCCUAACCCUAAUCUCUUUGAUUCCUACACCAACGAAGCUUCUAACUUUUCCGAUUUUCGAGUUCCUGAUUUCACUCCGGCGUUCAACGUUGGGUGGGGUGAUCAAAACGAUACCAAGAAGCCGAAACUUUCUGCUCAGAGCAUCGCAGCACGAAAGAGGAGAAGAAAGAUCACAGAGAAGACUCAAGAGCUCGGAAAACUAAUCCCUGGAAACCAGAAACAUAACACUGCCGAAAUGUUCGAGGCCGCAGCUAAAUAUGUCAAGUUCUUGCAGGUUCAGAUUGAGAUUCUUCAGCUGAGGCAGACAAAAAUGCAGACGCAGGAGAGUCCAGAAGUGGCAGGAGAAAUGCAGUUUUUGCUUGCAUCUCAAAAUAUCCAGGAGAAGCUAUCGACAGAAGAAGUUUGUGUGGUUCCAAGGGAAAUGGUUCAAGUCCUAAAAGCCGAAGAAUGCAUAUUGAGAAACCCUAAGAUUUAUCGAGACAUUAAUAAGUUGCUCUCCACGAAUCUGGUUAAUUAG